UAAUAAGAAAAUCUAAUAAAUAAAAAAUGGGUAAAAUUGAACCGGCUAUCUAUCGACCUAAGAGAAAAAUUCAAACAAUUAUUGUUGGUGUGUACAUUUAUGGGGGGCCGGUAAUUGGAAUUUUGCUAUCACUUUUGUGUACUAAGAUCUUGCUUUGUGGAAAUAUUUACAUAAGAGCACUUUUGGUUGCCUAUGGAAUUUGGUUAUAUUAUGAUCGAAAAAGGGCACAAGAAUCUGUAAGAGGUGCUGGUGUAAAAUGUAUGAGAGACAAUUUCUUUUGGAAACACUUCCGAGACUAUUUCCCUAUUGAAUUGGUCAAAACAGCUGAACUGCCUCCUAAUAGAAACUAUAUUUUAGCAUGUUAUCCUCAUGGUGUUUUGGGAAUUGGAGUCUUCACAAACAUGGCAGUUGAUAUUUCCAAAUGGAAAGAACUAUUUCCAAAAGUUCGUCCAAAUGUAGGAACUCUCGCAAUACAUUUUAACAGUCCGUUCUUUCGUCAUCUUAUUGAAUCAUGGGGUCUAGUCUCAGUGACAAGGACUUCACUUAUCAAUAAUUUAACAACCUCGCACGAUCCACAGGAUCCACUUAAUUUGGCUGAUGAUUGUACUGCGACAGCUGUAGCUGUUGUUGUUGGUGGUGCUCGAGAGGCAUUGGAUUCGAGACCAGGAAAAUAUAUUUUGACUAUUAAAAGCCGAAAAGGAUUUAUCAAAUUAGCCAUGAAAACUGGUGCUGCCAUUGUUCCAGUAUUUUCAUUUGGUGAAGUUGAUGUCUUCGAUCAAGUUGAUAAUCCUCCAGAUUCUUUAUUAAGAAAAAUGCAACUACUUUUCAAGAAAAUAACUGGGAUAUCUCCUCUACUAAUUUUAGGAAGGGGAUUCUUCCAGUACAGUGUAGGAAUGCUACCACAACGUAAACGUAUUGUUCAAGUUGUUGGUGCACCAAUCGAUGUUCCUCAAUGUGAUGAACCUAACGAAGAAGAAGUCGAUAAGUUACAUCAAAAAUUCAUGGACGAUCUGAAAGACAUCUUCGAUACUUACAAAGAUAAAUAUAUUGAAAAUCCUGAAGAAGCUGUUCUAGUUAUGAACUAGUUUAAGAAUUAGUAACUAAAUUCUGAAGAUCCAUCGAUAGUAUUAAAUAAAAAAAAAAACAAGA